CCUCGGCCCCCAGCCAGGGGCAUUCGCGGCGAGAGGCGGGGCUGGGCGCGCAUGCGCUCCUGUCUCCAGGCAACGGGAAUAACAGGGGCCAGCUGAGAGCGCCUGCGUGGCCGUCGGUUGAGUGAAGGGGGUUUGGUCCGGAAAACUAAGUCCUGAGCAGUUGACCCUAAGAGCCUCAGGUAUGCGGAAGGGCGGGAAGACAUGGGGUCAGCACCUCGACCUCCCAAGGGCCCGGUGGACAAAAGAGUGAAGGCUUGUCUCCAAAGCGGAGUCCCCAGUGGGGGCGUCCGGCUGACCUUCCAGGACAGAAUGUGACUUCCGUGUUCCGGAUCCAAAACGCUCCGCAGUCAGGCUUCAGUCCAGGCCCUGAAUGGCUGGUCUGCAUUUGGCACCACCUCUGCCUGUGGGCGUUAUGCUGCCGUAUAAAAAACCGGAAGCUCCAGAGUUCCACUCAACUAAGCAAAGCCCCUAUGAAAAAACGGACUCUUCCCCGCUGUCCUCCAUGGGGCACCUGAGGAGCAAUUCCCAGGAGAAACUUUUAGGCAACAAAGAGUCAGCGCUGGGUAAUCUGCACACUCAGUCCCGAUGGCACACCUGCACGAAAGCCCAGAGCUACUUCUGUUCUCACUGUGCUGGAACCGGGCAGCCAGAUCCAAGAAGCAAUCUCCAGAGUCAAGCACAGGGUUUCUUUUACUCAUCAGGCCCUCAAUCCCGGUAUCCCAAAGCAAAUAACCAGGAAUUCAUCCCCUUUACAAGGAAGCGAGUUGGGGUGGACCGGGCAUACCCACUGAAACCCGUGUUCCAUCGGAAGUCUCGAAGUACAGGUGAGAGUGGCAUGGACUGGGACCCGAAUGUCUCUCCAAGGCCCCCCGAGCCACGGGAGUUUUCAUGCAGCAGCUCUGGUCUGAGGAACUGGGCAAACUCAUCUGUAGUCGCUACUGUUGCUGCCACACAGGUGGAGAGGGCCAUGGCAAACCCCAAGAGGACUGAGUGGAUGCAGAUCCAAAGACUAGAAGCCGCAGGGGAGAGUUUAGAGGAGGAAAUCCGAAGAAAAGAGACCCUCCUGAGGGAGAAACUGAAGAAGACGGAGGAGGAACUCAGAAGGAUCCAGAAAGGAAAGGAACAGACUGAGGAAAAUGAAAAAGGAGAGGUACAAAGACUGACACGCCCCAGGAGGAGAGUUCAAGGGAACAGCAUCGCCCUGCACAAACCGGUCUUCUCCCAGGAAUACGAGCCUAAGGAAGCCUUCGGUAGAGACAGUGGAGAGGCUGAAACUUGGGCACGGUCUCAUGAAAAUUCCAGUCCACUCUUGUUCUCUGAUUAUGGGAUACAGAUCCUCAAAAGGGAAAGACUAGUGGCACACAAUAACAAAAUCCAAGACCAAGUCUCGGAGCGGGUGAAAGAGGAGUUUUCUCAGCCUUCACAGGCGCCAGGCAGUGCUUUGCCAGGGUGCGCCAGCAACUCGAACUUGUCUAGGGCACCAGACUCCGCGGGUUCCAGCUGUUCCACCGAAGAGCCAGAGCUCGGCGAGUGCAGUCACUGUGGACGCAAGUUCCUCCUGCUCAGGCUAGAGAGGCACUCCAGUGUCUGCAGCAGGAUGCAGGGUUCCAAGAGGAAAGUGUUUGACUCCUCCAGGGCCCGGGCCAAGGGCACAGAACUAGAACAGUACUUGAACUGGAAGGGACCAGCCUCAGUCAAGGCUGAACCGCCUCGGAAGAGCAACUGGAGACAGAAGCAUGAAUCUUUCAUCCGUACCCUCCGCCAGGCUCGAGAGGUCCAACAGGUCAUUGCCAAAGGUGGAAACGCCUCAGACUUGCCUCCCAUCCCACCCGCAGAAAACCCAGACUAUAUUCAGUGUCCUCACUGUAGCCGCCACUUUGCUCCCAAGGUGGCUGAGCGGCACAUUCCCAAGUGUAAGACCAUUAAGAACCGUCCUCCACCUCCAAGAAAGCAUUACAGUUGAGCAGACAACAGUGGAAACCUCCUCGAUAACUCCAGGAAGCUCUGCUUCUCUUCAGCAGUAAGUGGGAGAAUAAUUUGAUGCAAAGCAGGACGAACUAAACUUUUACAUCUCCCAGAUCUGCCCAGAGUUGAAAUCAGGGAGGAGAAGCCCACUGCUAAGCAGCAGAAGGCAGAAGGAAAGCUCACUCCCCACUAAAUUACCACCUCAGGCUGGUGGGUCUUAUGUUCGUCCCCUAAGAACUGAUGGGCGAAGACACACGAGUAGCGAGCAGGCUACAUUAAAGCCACCUUACAGGCUCACUUGUUCUGCCUUCUUGCCACUGCCUCUGCCUCUCUGUCUGGGGUUCCUGUUAACUCUUCCUGCUCUUGCAGGAAGUUGGCUCAUUAGGAUGAGCUGGUCUCAGAGGUUCAUGGUCACCCAGAUGAUAUCUCUUGUACAAGAUAGUAUGAUUUUGUUGUAAGGCCAAUGGAAGCCCAUCCUUGACCUCCCUGGUGCACGGUCCUGGCUAAAAGCCCAUACGAGCAUGAGAGGUCAGAGUGCCGAUAUAUCCUAACCCCUCCCUGUGGUGUACUGUGUAAUGAAGGCAACCUCACCUUGAUCUACUGCAAAGGGCAGGGGUGGGGGAAGCACACUGUCUGUCUCUGCAGUUCUUUUCUAAUGCCAAAAGGGGGGAAGCAGCUCCAGUUUCGGCUGGUGCUAGCACUCUGCUCUCAAACUAGGCUGGUGGAGUUGGUUGGAUGGUGUUUUAAAUGAGGCAGCAGAAUGCACCAUCAAAGCAAGCUGUCACAUGUCCCUGCUGAAGAUGCCAGUUACCUUCUAUUCUAGAAAGUACGCUUGGAAGGAAGAGGUGCCAGAUUAUUUUCUCUCUGCAAAAUCAGGCCUAAUGCAAGUAACCUUUAUUAGGCCCUCAGUAAAUGGGUUUGAGGGAUUUAAAAUUAACCAAAUAAUGAAAUGGGAGAGUCCCAGACUUGGUGUGUGGGAGCAGUGGUGAGGUAAUGUCUGAUGGGUGGUAGCAGUUCCGAUAGGAUGAAGCUGGUGUAGCAGGUCUACCAGUAGGAAAUACUAGUAGGGUUAUUGUCUUGACAGCAUUCCUCAAAUGGCUAGUUUAAAAUCCUGGGGAAAAAAAUCACCCAGCCUGACCUGGGCAAAGGGGACUAGGCAGAUGACAAAACCGUGUUUUACCCAACAGCAGGUGGCCACUCAGUCCGGUUUCAUCUCCUUGGCAGCUUCUGCCGGGUGACUGCGCUAACAGAGCAAACUGAUUUGAAACGUGAGUUUAAGGCUUCGGCUGUGAGGCUCCAGGACACUAGGCUG